CACCUCGCAAGGUUUCGGCAGCAGUAUAUAAACCCGCCCGUUAGACUUGCUCUUUACAACGAGAAAACAACUCUGAUCAUCAUGAACACUUUGGCUUGCACUGUCUUCGCCCUGUUCGCGGUUUCCGCUAUGGCCGCUCCCGUGGACAACUCUACGCCCGUCGGAAUUCUUGCGUACACGGCUGACGGUCCGAACCCGGAUGGCUCGUACGCUUUCAGCUACGAAACUGGGAACGGCAUCAAAGCCGAAGAACACGGGCAACUGAAGCAGCUGAACGAUACGAACUCGGUGAUCGCCGUUCAAGGAUCGUACAGCUACUCUCUCGAUGACGGAUCCCCGGUAGCCUUGAGUUAUGUCGCUGACGAGAAUGGCUUCCAGCCAAAGGGCGAUCAUCUUCCUACUCCUCAUCCGAUCCCGGCUGGAAUUCUGAAAGCUUUGGAGUACAUCGCCGCGCAUCCUGAGCAGACCACGUCGAAUCUGGUCAACUAGACGGUCCGUGCUCGAGCAAGCGCCCGGGAACAACGAAUUACCUUCGUCCGGAUGAGUAUUUAGUCGAUAGAAACGUGGGAGCAUCCGUUCUCUAAAACGUAGACAAUUAUUCGGAAUUGUAUUUCUUAAUCAUUCGCGAUUCAACGUCGAGCCAAACUUUUUGACUUUUAAUUUUUAUCUUGCUGCUUUGCAUCGUGUUGAUGAAUAAUGGCACGUGAUAUGUAAGAACAAUUAGAAUAUUUCUUCUGUUUGCAUUGUUACGGGAUUGGGUUAUGUAAUGUUUAGCUAGACUGCCAAUCUUUGUGUUUUGCACAGCACGUGCAGGUUUUUCAAAUGCAAAAGAACGUAUGAAUUGUCCGAUAGCAUUCUCAUUUUCUGUUUGUACUUCAUUGUAUUAUUUUUUAUUUCUGUAAAAUGACGCACGAAAACGAGAACUUGCGUAAAGAUCACGGUCUAGUUACAGCAAGUUCUGAAUUUUAGACUCCGAAGGGUUAAACCUUUUCGCGCUACUCGUUGGGUUGUUGCUCCCCAAGAAGUAACAGUUUGCCGAUUGAAUAUUUACUUAAAAAUCCGCCAUUUCAUAUGCAACAGCCCGAUAAAACGAUGGAAAUUUGAUGCGACUAAAUACGCUUCGGACGAUGUUUCGAGUGCUUUGUGACCGACGGAUUUUUCGACGUCGAAAGGCGGAGAGCCUGUUAGUCACGCAUGAAUAUUGAGACUGUAUUCGUUGUUCGAAAGGAAAUUUAACGAACGCCGAAGAAAGGUGCUUGAACGUCGAACGCGGAUUGCACAGUAGAAAUAGGACACGAUUGACGCGACGGUGGGUCUCUUCAGGUUCGUAGAAGACCUAGCGACCCAUCGCGACUCUGAUUUUCUAGAUGUAAGUGUGUACGCUUAUGUUUGUUCUCUUCGUUUCGAAUACCCGGAGGACUUCUAGCGAUUAGGAGCGAUUGAUUCGUAACAGUUUUGAAAUGAAGCUACUUGAUACAUUUGCUCGUGAUAACGAUAUGUCCGAUUGUAUAUUUGUAAUAUUGCCAAACGAUGUAACGCUCGCAGUGAACGUUAACAACGAUGAAUAAACCUAGGUAUUUUAAGUUGAA